AUGAAUUUCAUAAUUUUCCCAUCAAUACGGUCCAACAGCCGGUUGGAGCUUCGUUCGAACGUUCGUAAACUCCAAACUCGCAGCCGAAAGCGUUCAAACAUCCGCUCUUCCCGCACGCGCCGCUUGGGAAGAAUGUCCAACUCUUGGCCGGAGGAUGAGCUGGAUAUUACUAUAUAG